UGAUUUGGAAAAGUUUGUUUACGUUGUUUGAAUUGAAUUUUACAAGAUUUUAUUGUUAAUUCGACUGAUUCAUUCAUGGACGAAUUGAGAGGGCCAAAUAUACAAAUAGUUCUUCAUGUCAAAGAAGGGCUUGGGUUUGGAUUUUUACGGAGUCCUUUUAUUGUAAGCGGCUCCCUGAAUGGAUAUAUGCUGGAGACUGAUCCGGUGGUGCCAACACACGCACCAGUCUUUGAUGCAGAGCUCGUUUGGGAAGCUGACAAAAGAAGAUUUCGAAGCCUUCGAGUACAAAAUGUGCCCGUCAAAGUGGAGGUAUUCACCAUGGGUACACAGGGCAGGAAGGACAAAAUUGGAUAUCUUCUUCUAAGCCUGCUGGGUGCCCAGCCAUGUCCAUCAAAUAAAUUGAAUGAUGUAAAACAUACAUGGCACAGGCUUUUGGGCGUGAAGUCAGAAGGCAAGUGCUGCCAUCCUCAGUUGCUCAUGAGCCUCUCUGUUGAAGACAGAGUUAAUAUUCCAACACCUAGAAACGAGUUGAGGAUGUUUCACAGCAAUGAAAUAGCAUAUCCAGCUUCAAAUUAUGCUCCAAAUCCCAAUCCAAGUGCAGGCAGGACUAUUUUGUUUACAUUAGAGGAGUACAUAUCAGAAAGCAAGAAGACGGUGUCAUCUCCUGAGCUUCAGCCACGAUUGUUGUGUGAGGAAGGCCUCAUACAAAUAGGCGAUGGCAGGCAUCUCUACGUACUCAGCUUCGUUAUAGGGGCUGUGGAGAAUUUGGACAUGCUCCUGCCUGAAUCUAACAGAGCUCAAAAGGAUGCAGUGGAUUGUUACGUCAGUUAUUCAGUGUUCACACACAAUAUUAUGACAGAUAGGGUUGCCGCCAGCGCGUCGGGCGCCGGGUGCUCCGCGCACUUCAACCAGCGCACGUCGCUGCGGCUGCGCUCGCGGCUGGCAGCCUUGGGCCGGUACUUCGCGCAGUGUCCCUACUUGGUCACCAGGGUGUAUGCGGGCGAUAAGGACGUGGGCAUCUGCAGCAUGGAUCUCCGUAAACUGGUUCCCACUGAAGACCCCAAGCAGUUUGUGGAUCAGUUCUGCGACCACGAACGCUCGCUCACCAUACACGAGCGCUGUUUCAUACUGCGCUGCGAUGGCAGACCCAGUGACGACCAUAGAAGACCUUUUGUAGACGUGGAAAUGAGCCUGAAGUAUGUUGGGGACAAAAAGGAUAAGGCACAGGUGAGAUCAACAACGUAUUUAAUUCAGUAA